UUUACGGAUCAGUCAUAUUAAGUCGACCCUCCAAUCCGUUGAAAAUGAAGUUACUUUUGGUUCUAGCUUGCGUUGUGCUCUACGUAUCUCUCGCAUGUGGCCAGAAUCGUUGCGAUGGACGUCCUAGGGGUCGUCAGAAUUGCGUCGGCGGCAAGCACGAAGGAUUUGGGGGAAGAAAUUGCCGGAGAACUGCCAUGGACGAAAUGUGGUACUAUAACCAGAGAACCGGGAAGUGCCUUAAGAUGAAGUACCUCGGAUGUGGCGGCAACCAAAAUCGCUACUGCUCCUUGAGACACUGUCAAAGGUCGUGCCCAUGA